AUGUUUUAUAGACUGUUUAAAAUCACCGUCGCCGUUGUCCUUGCAAUCGCAUUCUUGUCAGAGCUUUCUCAAGCUGCUCCACCCUUUUGUCAAAAUGGAACAAGUUUAACUUGCUGUCCUCUCCUAGCACACAGAAUUGCCUCUGAACACCAUUCACGCUGCGCAUCAAUUGUGCUCAAUAACAAGAGCGGCUAUAACAUAAGAUUGGUAGUUUCCCGUCUUGAAGACGGUCGUUGGGUUACGUCAGAUGAUUCUGGUGACAUCGAUAUAGACUGCAGCCCACGGACCGACCUCGCAAAUGGUGAAUCCGAAGUCUUUUCGAGCGUCACAAGCCAUUUUUUGGGUGGAAUAAGUGGUUAUGUCACGCUUAUCAUAAACGAUAACGUCUCUACCACUUUUGCCAUAGACUGGAAGGCUCCAUCAAUUGGUUUAGGUUCUAAUGAAUAUAAUGUUGAUAGAUUGCCUACGGAAGAUUAUGACGUUGCUCUCCAACAUGGCUUUGACGAUACAGUCUUUGAAGUUACAGUUACGCUAGUUACGCCAGUUGUAGUCACGCCAGUUGUAGUUACGCCAGUUGUAGUCCCAUAA